UUCGUCGUAUAAGAAAAAAUGCAUGUUGUAUCCGUGUCCUAAUUUACAUUUUGAAUUUUGACAUGUUUUCCCGCGUUUAUCGCACGUGUAACCACCUGUUGAUGCCGAAGAGAUCAGUUGCAUUACAUUCAAGAAAGAUGAGUAAUAAUAUCGAUAACAUUGCUAAAGUUCUUAAUGCAAAUCUUCAGGAUUCUGAUCCUGAAUUGUGGGACCUCAUUAAAAAAGAAAAACACAGGCAGCGAGUUGGAUUGGAACUGAUAGCCUCAGAAAAUUUUACAACUUUUUCUGUUCUGCAGUGUUUAGGUUCGUGUCUGCACAAUAAGUAUUCGGAAGGAUUACCAGGACAAAGGUACUAUGGAGGUAACGAGUAUAUCGACCAGAUUGAGAUCUUAGCACAAAAAAGAGCACUAGAAGCUUACAAUUUAGACUCUGAAAAGUGGGGUGUGAAUGUACAACCUUAUUCCGGAUCACCAGCAAAUUUUGCUGUAUAUACAGGUAUUACUGAACCUCACGGACGUAUUAUGGGACUUGACCUUCCCGAUGGGGGACAUUUAACUCACGGUUUCUUUACCCCGUCCAAGAAAAUCUCUGCAACUUCACUCUUCUUCGAAUCUAUGCCUUAUAAAGUUGACCCUGCAACUGGUUUGAUUGAUUAUGAUCAGCUCUUAAUAAGUGCUAGGCUUUUCAAACCAAGGGUCAUAAUUGCCGGUGUCAGUUGUUAUUCCAGACCAUUAGAUUAUAAGCGGUUCCGUGAAAUAUGCGAUGAAGUAGGGGCGUAUUUGUUUUCGGAUAUGGCGCAUAUAUCUGGGCUGGUAGCUGCAGGUGUAACCCCCAGUCCAUUUGAAUAUAGCGAUGUAGUAUCUACCACAACGCAUAAAAGUCUGAGGGGUCCCAGGGCAGGCGUUAUAUUUUUCAGGAAAGGGGUAAGGUCGGUUACUCCUAAAGGCGAAAAAAUCUUAUACGAUUUAGAGAAUAGGAUCAACCAAGCAGUAUUUCCUGGAUUGCAAGGUGGGCCACACAAUCAUGCCAUCGCAGCCAUUGCCACUUGCAUGAAACAAACAAAAACUCCAGAAUUUGUUGCGUACGCGAAACAAAUUGUUGCUAAUGCUAAGAGACUUAGUGACGGUCUCCAAGACAAAGGUUACAAAGUGGUUACUGGAGGAACGGAAGUCCAUAUGUUGCUAGUCGAUCUUCGUUCGGCAAAACUUAGUGGAGCCAAGGGAGAAUUUAUUUUAGAGGAAAUCAAUAUUGCUUGUAACAAGAAUACGGUUCCUGGAGAUAAGAGUGCCUUAAAUCCCUCAGGAAUAAGAUUAGGAACACCUGCGUUAACUACACGGGGGUUGGUAGAAGAAGACAUCGAUAAGGUUGUCGACUUCAUCGAUAGAGGUUUGAAGCUGGCUAGGGAAAUCAGCGCAAAAUCUGGCCCAAAAUUAGUCGAUUUCAAAAAAGCCGCUCAUGAAGUUGAGGAAUUCGCUAAAAGUAUUGCUAAUCUAAGAGAUGAAAUCGAAGAGUUUAGUGGAAAGUUCCCCUUACCUGGAUAUCCAGAUUUGUAAAGUGUUUUAAAUGAGAUGAAUAUUAUUCGUAAAUAAAAAUACGAUCUGUACACAGAAAAAAAUCAUUAAUAUUUUGUUCCAGACAUCCAAUGUAUUGAAAAGUAAGAAUGUGUUCAUUCAAGUUAUUUCUAACCUUCUACUUAUACUUUUUUGAAGAUAUGUAUUUGUACUAUUUUUUUCUAUAUUCAUGUAUUUAUGUUUA